AUGGGGAACGUGACGUCGUCGGUGGCGGCGAAGCUGGCCUUCUUCCCGCCGGAGCCGGCCACGUACGAGGUGCUGGCCGAGGGCGCCGGGCUGCGGAUGACGGGGGUGCUGCCCGACGCGAACGUGGACGUGCACGCGCUGCCCACCCGGGCCGGCACGCGCGUCGUCGCCGCCUUCUGGCGCCACCCCUCCGCGCGCCUCACGCUGCUCUACUCCCACGGCAACGCCGCCGACCUCGGCCAGAUGCUCGGCCUCUUCAUGGAGCUGCGCUCACACCUCCGCGUCAACAUCAUGAGCUAUGAUUAUUCGGGAUACGGGGCCUCUACAGGAAAACCAUCGGAAUAUAACACAUACUACGACAUAGAGGCUGUCUAUGACUGUUUGAAAAAGGAGUAUGGGAUAGAGCAAGAGGAUCUGAUCCUGUAUGGGCAAUCAGUUGGAAGUGGACCGACAUUGCACUUGGCCUCGCGUUUGGAAAAACUAAGAGGGGUCGUUCUUCACAGCGGUAUUCUAUCAGGCAUACGCGUUUUGUAUCCAGUAAAAGUGACACUUUGGUUUGAUAUCUUCAAGAACAUUGACAAAAUAAAGCAGGUCGAAUGUCCAGUGCUGGUUAUACAUGGCACAGCAGACGAUAUCGUCGACUUCUCUCACGGCAAGCGCUUGUGGGAGCUAGCGAAGGAGAAGUACGACCCUCUGUGGGUCAAAGGCGGUGGUCACUGCAACCUGGAGACUUACCCCGAGUACAUCCGCCAUCUCCGGAAGUUCAUCAACACGAUGGAGAAGCUCGCAAAAGAGAAAAUACCGAAGGCACCGCAGAUGCCGGCGUCCUCGAGCAUGGAGGAAGCAAAACAGAACAAAUGCUUGAGAUUCGGGAAGUGAUGAGCCUUGACCAUCUUAGCUGUUGCUAACCGUGCUGUUGCUGGUAUAGAAACUGAUGAUCUAACAGAGAAGCCGGUUGCGGCGGGAGAUCUCCUGUCGACUCUGGUGACACCGUGGUGGGGAAGUGCAACGGCGUCGCCUAUGGCCCGGUCGGUCCGUGCCGGUUCAGGAUUAGGCAUGCUUGAUGGCUGCAAUGUGCUGAAAAUGCGAUGUGGAAUGUUUUAUCCAUGAUCCGACUGAAGAGGAGCAGUCUAGUGGAGGAAGCACGCAGGAAGCUGUUGGGUAGUUCAGCUCGGAGGCCCUGAGCUCUCCUUUUUCUUCCGUUUGUAUUAGUUGCUGUGCAAAAAGUAUUGAUUGCCCCUGAUUGAUUUGCGAAGUGCAUGCAUUCCAUGCAGUCAGGUAACCUUGAGUGCAAUUUGCA